AGUUGUACGAGUCAUGCGAUUCAGGCCCGAGUCUCGCAACUCUAUGCACGCGUCGCGAAUCACGCGCGUACGACGUCGCUGACGGCGUGACGUUAUUGUGUCACAUUGUGCGUGCCAGCGUGUGUGCGUGCGAAUCAAGAUCAUCAUCAACGAUCCCGGAGCGCACACGAAUCCGAAUCGACGCGAGAAACACGGCGACGGUGCUGGCCACCACAUCGCGCGACCCGAAGACCCUCGCGCGCAUUUCUCGCGGUUCCGCUCCGAGAACGAGCGAAUAAACGAAACGAAAGGCGCGUUAUGCCGCGCCGUCCGCGAUAAUAUACACGUGUACGCUCGCGUCCGCGCGAGCGCGCGCGUGUAUGCAUAUAUAUAUAUAUAUAUAUACAUGUGCUUGUGCUGUACGUGUAGAUCAUCUCGUUAUCAUUUGAGUGAUAAGCGAAUGACUUUUGCUCGACGGCCCGUUGGAACGCGCUGAGUCGCUCAAGGCAAGCAACGAUCUGACAGAUCGUCAUGCAAUCAUGGACAUCGAGAAUGGCAACGACAGCGGUAUCAACGGUAGCAUCAGCGACGAAUCACGUAACAGUAACAAGUCCAUCUCGCUGAAGCAGACUGAUGCUGUCCAUAACAGGUCCCUCGGCAGACCAGUCGGCUGCGUGCACAGAAUGAGCACGAUGCCGGAAGAGGAAGACGUGUCCGAUGACACAGAUCCAGACGUGAUCAAGAUCGGGCAUCAUCAGCACACGAACCGCGCCGAGAUCGGGCCCGAGUGGUCCUCGGAGGAGAAAAGUCGUUUGCUGAACUCCGCCGGGAGCAGAAUCGUCAUCAGCUCGGCGGGUGCGAGCAAUGGUAACACCGGAAGGACGACCAGUCGUGAUGCCGAGAGUCCCGAGAGCAUUCAGAACGAUCAUCAUCGGUGGUCACCGCAGUCUCGGCCGGCGACCGAUCAGACCGAGUCCAGAUCGAGUUCCGACCACGACAACGGAUACCAGAGCCCUGGCAGAUUGUGCGUCAAGAACGUCGAUCAGCCGCACGCUACGAGGCACCAUCAUCAUUGCCAUUGUCCCAGCGUGCGCGCACCGAGGGUUACCAGUGUCGUUAUGGACGAAUGCCAGCAGCAACACUGUUCCUGCUGCCUUCAGUCAUCACCACCUACCUGGGCCUCCAUUCUGUACGAGGCCAACGGGAAUCAGGCCCGCUCGUUUGCCGACACGGUUUCGAUCAGAUCCCUAGCGUCGAUCGGCCUGGGUUCUUCCGACGGCCGGAAGCUUACAAUACGUAGAGUUCCCACUUCGCCGUCGGAGCUGCUUAACGUGGUACAUCCGCCGCCUUUCGAGGACGAGUUUUCCACGUGUACCAGUUAUGACGACGGCGACGCGGAUGACUCCUGUGAUUAUCGGCAGCCCAGGAGGCCUCAUUGGGCGAAUAAAGUGCAAUUUGUGUUGGCCUGUAUCGGCUACUCCGUUGGUCUUGGUAACAUCUGGAGAUUUCCCUACUUAUGCUACAAAAGUGGCGGUGGUGUGUUCCUCGUGCCUUACUUUUUGAUACUCAUUGUAUGUGGCGUACCGUUGCUAUAUAUGGAGCUCAGCAUCGGACAAUUCACUCGUCGCGGCCCAAUCGGUGCUUUGGGUCAAGUGUGUCCGUUAUUGAAAGGAGCUGGUCUAUCGUCAGUCGUAAUAUCGUUUCUAUUAUCAACCUACUAUAAUGUGAUAAUAGCCUACGCAAUCUACUAUUUUUUUGUGGCUUUCCGUGCGGAACAGCCAUGGACGCAUUGCGACAAUUUGUGGAACUCGCCACGCUGUUGGCUGCCCAGUUAUGAAUCCAUCGAUAAUCGAACCCGUCCAAACUUGACAAGGACACCGUCCGAGGACUUCUUCGACAACAAGGUCCUGCAAAUUAGUAACGGCAUAGAAGAACCAGGGAUUUUGAGAUGGGAGCUCGUGGCAUGUUUGAUAACCGCGUGGAUCAUGGUAUAUUUUUCCAUCUGGAAAUCCAUUAAAUCAUCAGCGCAAGUAAGGUACCUCACAGCAACGUUACCAUUCCUCUUGAUUGUGGUCUUCCUCACGCGCUCUCUUACUCUGGACGGCGCCUCAAAAGGUCUACAAUAUUUUUUUCAUCCACGCUGGGAACUGCUUGGCGAUGCAAAGGUCUGGAUAAACGCUGCAGCGCAGGUCUUCAAUUCUGUGGGUAUCGCCUUCGGAUCGAUGAUAUGCUUUGCAAGUUACAACAGAUUCCACAAUACGAUUCUGGUGGACACGAUCGCCGUUUCAGUUAUAAAUGCUUUCAGUAGUUUAUUGGUCGGAAUAUUCUCGUUCGCCACAAUUGGCAACAUAGCGCUGGAGCAAAAUAUGUCCGUCGAAGAUGUCUUGACCGACGGACCUGGUCUAGUCUUCGUCAUCUAUCCGCAAGCGUUAGCUAAGAUGCCAGCUUCUCAACUCUGGGCUGUGCUAUUUUUCUUCAUGCUGGUCUGCCUUUCGUUGAACAGUCAAUUUGCCGUUGUUGAAGUGGUCGUCACAUCGAUUCAAGAUGGCUUCCCGAAUUGGGUGAAGCGUCAUCUUCUCUGUCACGAAAUGUUGGUCCUUCUCAUUUGCAUCGUGUCGUUCUUAUUUGGAUUGCCAAAUAUUACGCAGGGUGGCAUUUAUUUCUUCCAACUGAUAGAUCACUACGCCGCAUCCAGAUCCAUCAUGUUCUUGGCGUUUUUUGAAGUGAUUGCCAUUUCUUGGCUUUAUGGCGUGCGACGGCUGUGCAAUAACGUCAAAGAGAUGACCGGGCGUCUGCCUUCGAUGUACUUUCGCUUUUGUUGGUUCCUCGCUUCGCCACUUCUCAUAAUGGCUGUAUGGGUGUUCAGUUUAAUUGAUUACGAGCCGCCGACCUACCACAACGGCGAUUAUAUAUAUCCAUGGUGGGCAGAAGCGAUCGGAUGGGGCAUCGCGUCUCUCUCCUUAAUUUGCAUUCCCGCUUUUGCUAUCUACGUCUUUGUUCGAGCGGAUGGUGUCACGUUUGCUGAAAGACUCAAGAAUUCCAUCAAACCGCACUUCGAGGCGUGCAAAGUUUGCGGACAGGAAUACUGCAUGGAACCUAUGCACAAUCUGGAGGAGGAAGUUCUUAAAGAAGCCCAAACAGACGUGAAUACUUCCAUACAAUUGAAUUCGCACUAUCUACUGAAGCCUCAGAUGUGACAACGGACAAUGCGGAGAGAUGAGAAAAUUUUCAGUGUGUACAUUUAAUUGUCCACAAGCCACUGGAGCAGUUUUGAGGAACGGUCGUUGUUUAAAAAACAGAAAACGUCGUUUAAUCAUGUGCCUUACGUUUUGUUAGUCAUUCCAAAAACUGCCACAGCAGUCAACAACAUUCCACUUUACUUGUAGCUCGUUACAAGUACGUAUAGUUAGAUAUAAAUAAUUAUCUGUGCGAGAGUCAUUAGAAUAAGAAUAUACUUGUUACCCCAAUGUUAUUAUAUUACUCUUUGUAAAACUGUUACUCCUCACAAUUCUUGGCAAUCGCCAUGUGAUAGACUAUAGACGAGCACUGAUUCAAGUUCUAGAGCUAUAUUUCUGUAUAUAUCACACCCGAUACGUAACAUGAUGUGCGUAUUUAAUAUAACAUUGUAAAUUGUAAUUUUAAUAAAUUAAUAUAUAUUGCCU